AUGCUGAGCAGACAGCUGAACGACCUGCGUGUGCAGAAGCGGGUCCAAGUGUUUGAAGAUAAAAACAUCGAUAAGCUCACCAGGAACAAAUAUAGCCUAUUUAGGAAUGUGUACAAAAAUGUGAUCGUGUGUCCAGCGCACGCGGAAUCGAUAAGGAGUUGCCUGCGCAAGUUGGCAAGCAUAAACAAAUCGUUCGGGGCAUUCCAGAAAUUGUUCUACCUGGAGGAGAGCGAUGUUCUGCACAGUUUUUACGACCAUGAGGAGAUGGAACCGAAACCCAUCGAGGAGGAGUAUCAAAAUGGGCGUAUAGGAAACUACCAAACCGACAGCGGUGUGGAUGCCCAUGUGGAUACCCAUCUGGAUGACCAGAUCUACCGGAAGCACCGCGAAUUCUUGACGCAGGAAGAAGAAAGCGUCAUAGUGAAAAAAGUGAAAUCAUUUCUAAAGCUGUGCUCCAUUUAUGCAAACCGGAAAGAAGUGAAAAUCCUGAUCGAGUUCUUAAUUUACAAGUACGAAAUAAAUGUGAAAUGCAGCCAGGACAUUUUGCUGUGCAUUUUACCGAACCUUUCCUUGGCCCACUUGAGGAACAUUCUGGAGAUCAUUUAUAUAGAAAAGAGUUCCGCCUUUUUCUUCAUAAAUAAUUACAAGCACGAGCAUCUAAAGAAUGUCGACCAGUCCGUUUUUGUUCAUCACAUAAAGAGGAACAUAUCGAUAUAUAAAAUUAUCUUCGAGUAUGUCGUGGAGCUGAUAUAUAGCAGUGGCCUUGCCACCGGGGGGAGCUCUGCCAUGGGUGAUGCUUCGACAUGUGACGCUGCCACGAACGCCGCUGCCACCGCGGGAGAGAGACCCAACAGUGCGCCAAUCCCGUAUGUAAACUUCUUCAUCUCAGUGACGGAAGAUAUCAUCCACAGCUACAUCGACAUGCCUGUGCAGAUAAUCGAAUUCUACUGCAACGUGUUGUUGGUGCUGUUGAGAAGGUGUGGGAAGUCCUUCGAGGUGAUGAAGUGCGCACACAGGAAGGGGGAAAAGGAUGGCUGUGUCACCCGACACAUGGCUCACUCCAUGGCCACGCUUCAAAUCCACCACUGCGUAAAUUUUUUGGAAAAAUUUUUGAAAACGUUCGAAGAUGCAAUUGGGAAGUGCAAAACGGGGUUCAACUUUGACUUUUUGAAGAACAAAAUUUUUGCCUUUUUUGACAGAGAGUUUUUGUCAACACGGGGGGAAGGAGCAGCAUCGAUCGGAGGAGCAGAAGAAAAAAUCGCCAGUGACGCGUCCCCCCAUUCCAGAUUCAUGAAUUCCUUACUUGUCCUUUUAAACGUAAUUUACAAAAAUUCCCAUCAGAUAUCCCUCGCCAGCUUUAUUCAGAAGGAACAGGCACACAGCGGGGUAACUCUACAACAUGAAAGCCUCACAUCGGAAAACCAAGUAGACGAGAAACUCAUCCAAGGAAUAAUCAAUUUUGUGAAGGAAAACAAAAAAAACUGUUUUGACAGCAAUAUAAACUCCAUCAUACAGGAUCACCAGGCUCUGCAAAGUUUGAUGAGUCACCUAUACAAUCUUAACAACACCUACGAAGUGACAGACAAUCUGAUAAAACUCGUGUUGAUAAAGAGCUAUGCUUUGAGGCUUAAUUGGUUUCCCGUAGAACACAUAUUUCUCCACACGCUUAGGAGUAAACAAAAUUACGUCUUCAACAUAAUCGCCAUGAUCAAUUUUAUAUCAUUUUAUAUUUUCCUAAUAAAAUCGAGGGAGUACGAAUUGGAUGAGGGGAUUUCCGAAGGUUCAAAGCUGAAGAGAAGUGUAGAAUCGUUACGCACCAGGCAAGUUGUGGAAGCAUUUCUUGCCAAGGUCUCCCAUGUUAACUCCCUUAACCCCGAAGUUUUAAUACGAAGUGAACACUUGUACCACAUUGUUAAAUCCUUUCUGAAGGAAAAUAGCGACCUUUUUAGGAAAAAAAUUAUUUUGUUCGAACUGUACAGCAAAAUAGACGAGAGUUUGCUGAGGCUAGUUAAGGGGGUUAACACAAAAAUUCACCACCUCCACAUUUUUAACGCGCUCAGUAAUGAGAAAGUCGAUUUUGACGACCCUGAAGUGGUGGAGCGGGCCGUCAGGAGUGUCAAGUACAUGUAUGAUCACCGAAUGGGGAGCGACACUUCAGCGGAAGUGACUGUAGACGAACCAACCGACUGCACAACGGGGGAACACUCCGAGGAGGUGUCAUUCUCCCUAGGAACAAUAAAAAAAGGAAAGAAUUUUUCCAAAUCGAAGCGAAAUAUAGAGUGCCUGUACGCGAAAAUAUUUUACCAGCUGAGGCAAAAUAGAAUCCAGUUAGUGGACUACAUGAAGAAGUACGAAAAAGAACUAAUCUAUUUUUUCCCUUCCAAAAAGUACCUAUACCGCAUUAUGUUUGACGCUUUCAAUGAACUGAAGUAUCGAAACUUCUGUGAAAUUGACAAUGAAAGAAACACCGCAUUUUUGACAUUCUAUUUGAAAUUGUUUCUGACCCAACUGAGCAAGCUGGAAAUUAAAAAUAAACUAAAAUUGCAAAAUGGGAAAUUUUUUAAAAAAUUCGUCAACGUGAACUUUGCCUUUUUUUUCGUCCUUUAUGACUACCUAAAGAAUAAACACCUCUACCCGAACAAUUCCUUCUUUUCAAGAAAUAUCUUAUCUGACAGUUUUAAGCUGGUGGAGGACUUUUUAACAUUACUAAUAAGAUUGAAAGACGUCCAGGGAUACAAAUUUGAGGAGUUCUUCCAAGCCGAAAUGAAACUGCGCCGCUGCGAAAACAUCAAGGGGGUGAUAAGACACAGCAUGCCCUUCAGGGCACUCAUACUGUGCAGAGUUUCGCGCUACUUGUCGGAAGAAGUGGGAUACUCCUUUGAGGGGGAGUACAUACGUGGGAGCGUCUUUGAAGGGGGAGAAGUGAAAGAUUGUCCGGUGGGAGGCAACUCCCCACCCGGAGACGAUUUCAGACGCUUCCUCCUGAACAUCCUCAAAUGUGUAUUCAGAUACCUUGAAGACGUCAGCUCCAUCAAAGAAGAGUCAAAGAGCCACAUCUACGAAAGCAUUGAGGAGUCGUUUCAAAAAAUCAUAAUACAAUUUAGGAGAAUAAAUUCCUCAGUAACUUUUUACCUGUACUGUAAAUAUUUGAACACAUUUUUCCUCAGCGACGCAUACAUCCAGUUUGUGCUGAAGACUCUGGACCUUUUCUUCUGCAUUUUCAAAAUGGAAAAAACGAAGAAGCAUAUAAAAGAUAAAAACAUCUGCAAAACAAUCAUUGCGGAAUUGUUUCGAAUGAAAUUAAAAUUAUUUAAAAAUUUAGACGUCAAGUCGUUUUAUCAAAGUUUUCUCCUCUCAAUUAUGCUGGUCAUAUUUCCCGACAUAUCAAAUUCUCAUCGGUACGCGAAUAUGUUGUGUGCUGCAAAAAAACGUUGUGAUAGUGGCUCCUUUGUAAUCGAUUAUUUUGUCAUUAAUAAGCUGUUUGAAAGGGAGAGGGGCAAGAAAUGCGAAGGGGUCUUUCAUUUGUUGGAAGAAAACCACAAAGGGGGCUUCCUCGAUGUGCAGCACAAUGGGGAGAGUACCCGCAACGGGGUCCAGAAACCCAACGGGGCAGAUAACCCCAACCAGGCAGAUCACCCCAAUCAGACGAUAUCACCACCUUCCCAUGAGUACACCGUUACGCACCUCUUUGCAAAUCGCAAAAGGAACAGCAAACCGGGAAUGAACGAUGAAGACUAUGAAGAAAGAAAAUACUACUUAUUCAUUUUUGCCUACCUAAGUAGGCCCUUUUUUGAUACUUUUCUGUCCCAUUUCCAUAACUUCUAUCGAAAAAAUUAUAUAUAUGCGGAAUUCCUGAAGGACGCUUUAAUACUAGCCUUUUUGAGAAAGAUUAUGCGAAGAAAUUCAUACCCAUAUAAAAUUACCAAAAUUUAUAGAGCCAUGUUGGCCGUUAAAUGUGACGCGUCACUGGACAAGAGGGAACUAUUUCUGUUUCUUCACCUGGUCGAUUUUUACGUGAACGCUUUGGAGAACGCGACUGUGAAUGGGGGCAGGCAGGAACGAAGACGGAAAGUCCAGCGGCGGGGAGUCGGCCAAAAGGGUGGGGAAGUCUCAACGGAGAGAAGCCUCACCAAUGGAAAUGGCAUCACGACUGAGCUGACUAUUGGGACGAACCAUGUCAGUGGGGAGGACAGCAGCGCAACCAAGGCGAAUGCAUCCGCAUACGUGCCGGCCAAAUUCCUCAAAAAAGUGAAUUCACAAAAGUUCCAAAUGCGGGGCUGCUCAGAUAUCCAGACAUUGAGCAGCAAGAAAAAAAUAAAAAAAAUUAAGUACAAAAAUAUAGUGGACGAACCAGGAGGGGAAGAAGCGGACAAAGCCUUCUUCCAAAAUCUGAAGGGGUUCUUUAAGUACCAUGAAAAUCUGUUCACAAAUUCGUAUUUCAAAAAAGAAGUAGAAAUAAAGGCCAUUUGCGAAGGGAUAAUACACCACGUCAUAAAUUUUAAGGACAAGUAUAUAACAAUCCAGUUGCUUUGUAUUAGGAACUUUGCUACCAGCUCCCUGUUCAGCAAAGAUUUGCAGUCGUACGUUGAAAAAUUAGAAAUAGCAAACUUGAUGCUAUUUAGGAAACUGUUUGCCAACAAGGCGCAUCAUGAUUAUCAAUCCAUUUUGCUCAUGUGCAAAAAUGUGAGUAGUGUAAAGGAGAGGAAUAAAAUAUUGCUGUUUAUGGAGGAGCAGAUGAUACAGGUCGGCAGGGAAGAAGGCCCCUGCGCGAGUCACAUGGCCAUCCUUAAAAUUGUAAUUGUGUUGUCGGACGGGGGAAGCGGCGGUGGAAUUGGCAGUGGAAGAGGCAGUCCAAGCGGCACUCGAAGCGGAGAGGUGCCCGUGGAGGACUUCCCCCACGCCCAGUUCAUAGAAACCCACAUUAGAAUAUUCAAAAAAAUUGCCAAAUACGCACAGAUAAACGGCAUCAUGUUUUUAAAGCUACUAAAAUACAUAAGCAACAUUUGCAGCCUUAUAUAUGAAGUGCCCCAGCUGGUAGCGGAGCACUUUUCGCUGACUGGAAAUAAUUUCCUUUUCGAAGUGGUUGCCUUUUUCGAAACAAAUAUUUUUUAUCUGCGUGAGGACGUUACUGCCCAUCUGAAGCCCCUGGCGCAAAUUUUGGACAAAACGAUUAAGAGGAAGAUUUUGCUCUUCGUACAGGCUAAAAAAAGGGCUGCCGCAGAUGUUUCCGUUUCCCCGGUCGAAGGGGAAAGCAGAGGAGAUAUCCGCGCAAAUUCUGGUACCCAUUCAGUUCCACACAGUGGCAACCAUAACGAAAAAGGAGUUGAUCCCAGAGGCGGGACUCUGGCCAGUUUGGCACUUCCCACGAAUGACUCUACAAAGGGGUACGGAGAGGAAGUCAUUGCGGAAGCCGGAUUAGCAGAAGGAUGUCUAAAUUGCAAAGAGUAUAAUGGAAAUGUCAUCUCCACCCGUGGAUUACCAACGUUGGAGGUCAGCGAAACAGAGGAUAUGGACAUACACUACCACCUGCACACAUUUGCCUACAUGUGCACAUUUAUUAAUCGCAUAUUUAAGAACGAAAUAAAUUUAGAACAGUUCACGGUCUUAGUGAACAAUUUAAUUUUCCUCUUCAACAAAAAAUACAUCUCCUAUGUCAUAGCUAUUUGCCUCAUAAACUUAGUAAUAAAAAUUAAGCUGGAAAGAUUACACGCCUGUAGAGAUUAUAUUCUGGAAAUUUGCUACGUAUACUUUACCAGCGAUGUAGAUUAUUGCAUUAAUAACAACUUGUUGCUUCUUCUGGGGCUGUAUCUCUGUCCACACACUCCUGAGAAGGAUGAAUUGGUGGAGGGGGGAAAGCCAAACCGGGUGCGAAACACAAAUGGGGAAGACAGUCCAGCGAACACAACUCACCUGCAACCUCCGUACGAAGACCUAAGCGAGAUUUAUCCAGAGUAUGUAUUAACCAAACUGAAGUACUUCAAGCCACAUCUGAAGAAAGUUAAGAACAACCAGAAUCUCUGCCUCAAAAUAAUUUCCCUCAUAUCUAUAGUUAACAAUCUGAACAGAAACGUAAUAAAAUCUAUUUCGUAUUUUAUCUACAUUUUGACCUUACAACACUUUGUGCUCUGUUUCUGCUUCGCCAGAGAUAAAGCCAUUAACAGGAAGCUGAACAUCCUCUUUAGGAAGUUUUCCUUUAGAAACACCGAUACGUUUAUUUGGGCCUACGUACUGAACAACUUCAAAAUGGGGGACACUUCUAAGAGGGGAGCCAAAGUCGGAGGAGCACUCGUUGAGAAAUCCUCUAACGAUGCUAACUCUAGGGGGCACCACUUCGAGGAGCUAUUCUUGCUCAAAUUUCUGCAGAACUUGAACAAGCUGAAGGAUCAUAUGAAAUUCGAAGAGGGAUACAAAAAGUUACUUCGAUGCAGAGAGAAGCUAAACAAUCAGGAAAGGGACUCACACGAGAGUGGAGCCCCCCAAUCCGAGGAGCAUUUCCUCUUCGACGUUUUUAAUGACCUGCUAAAAAAGGAAACAUAUGAUGAAAACGAAAUUAGUAGCAUUAUGAAUAAACAUCUAUUCCACUUUUAUGAAUUUCUAAUAAAUAAAAUGCUCACCGUGGAUUCUUCCAAAUGCUCAAAUCUUUUCAAAGAAAUGUCCAUUUUCAUGAACCAGAAAUUGAAUACCGGAACGGACGUCAAGCCAAUAUUUGACGCCCUCAUUUAUUUUCUCUACACUAGGAAAAAUGAAAAAGCCAUCGCGUCGCUGAAUCAAAUGUACAUUUAUAACAUGUUCAAUAAGGCCCUAUUCAAAAUUUAUGUGGAUGAUUAUACGAAGAUAAUCAUCGUAUCGAAGAUAAACGAAAUUCUGAGGACAUUACUUGAGCAGUUCUACUUCGUCUUAGCGAAUGAGCAAAGGAAUAGGUGGAAGGCCGCGUUGCUAGACGGGGGCCCUUCCGCUGAAGCGGAGAUAAUUCCCUUAAAUGAUCUGCAGGGAGAGGCGGAGGGGGACAUCCUCGGUAGAGACAACAUGCCAAAUAGUAACAGUGCCACUUUUAAGGGACCAAUUUCUGGCAAGGCGAAAAAGAAGAGAACAAUCUCCAGCGAGUUGGACAUGAUAAAUGAUGAAUACAGAAACUAUUGUAAACGCGUGGGUCGUCUAGACAAAGCUCCAUUCAGUGACGAACCAAUUGUCGAUCUCCACAACGAUAAUGUCUUUCUCGACGUCGUUGACCCAGCAGGUAAGGAUCUAACAUGCCUGUCCGACGCGGAUUCCAUCGAUUUGUAUUGCACCCUGGGUGAUGAUAACGACAGGGGUAACAACACAGAGUGCACCGAACCGAACAGCGUAGCUAAAACUACAAAAUGGCAUGCCACCCAAAUUGCGCACAUAAAAAGUACAAACAAGUUGAAAGAUCUGAAUAGCAUUUUCCUCCUGGACCUUUACCCCCUGAACACAAUAGUGAAGUGCAUAUCAUCGGUGCUCCUUAACUUCCCGUUGUUCACGAAAAAGCACCUGAUUGAGUUAUUCAGAAUUUUGUUUUUAAAAAAUAGGCAUUACGUCCUAAUCAAUGAGAAGAAUGCCCUACAAAAUAACUUGUACAGUUUGAACAAAGAAAACAAAAUGAAGCAUAUUAGCAAAGUAAUGAUGAACCCGUUGAAGAAGCUAAAUAUGUAUCACUUAUUUUUUAUAUUUUCAAAUAAUCACUUAGAACUUUGCCUAAAGCAUGUAAUGAGAUACUUCAAGAAGAACUUCCUCCCUUUGGCGAAGAGGACAACGACCUACAGCUACAACCAAUCUGUCGUUUUGAACAACGCUCUAUUUGUGUAUCAACAUCUGGUCAUUUUUCAAAGCAGUUUAGCCUCCUCCAAGAAGGGAAGCUCCGAUUUGGGGUUGGAACUCCUCUUCUGCAUUAUAAAAGCGCAUAUUAAGAAUUGUGCCGAGUAUGUUACCACUCUGGUUCGUAAAUGGGGAGAUAAAAUGGAGAAGCUUAACGGAGGAGAUUUCUUCACUUAUUACAGUGAACAAUUCGAUUCGGGAAGCACCUCCGAUUCAGAUAAAGCGACAAGUGGGCUAACCGUGGAUCUAAGAAUUGAGGAGGAGAAUAUUGUGAAGUCUUUAGUGUACACCUCGACCAAAAUGAAAUUGUCAUCCUUGGGAAACCUGUUUGAUAAACUCCUAGCGUCAUUCGAGCAGCCAAAUUUUGAAUCCAACCCGAGUUCCCUCUUGGAUAACUACAAAACUGUGUACGAGAGGAGGAUAUAUUUCCUUUACUUCUACCGGCUUUAUCAAAAUUUUGGUUCCGUGUUGAGUGAGAAGAAUAAGAACCUUUUCGACCUCCUGAACAAUAUCAAAUUUGUGCUACUUGCGUGCCAUCGGAAUUGUUGCCACUUCGGUUCCUCCGCUGCGAGGGGGGCCAUCAUGGGCGAUGCUUCUAACCCGGCGUGCGAAGCUACCCAUGAAGACGCUCUCCAACGGAAUCCUAAUUACAACAUCGAAUAUACUACCACUGUCGAAGGAACGAAACGAAGAAAGGUAAAAAACGUGGCCAUCAGGAGCACUUGGUAUUGGUUUGAUCUUGGUUAUUGCACUCUCCUAUGUCUGUAUGAAAUUCUAAAAAAUGAAAAAAAAAAUCAAAAAAAUUUCACCCCAAUAUAUUACCAAACCUGUUUCGAUUACGUUAUAAACUGUUUCGAUAUUUUCGCAUACCUUCCAAGAGUACACGCAAAUGAUGACUUUAAAGACUGCAUCAAUGAAGACGUCAUACGAUAUAGCGAACAUUUGGACAUCAAAAUGGUCUCUGUUACCCUCCUCGACAUUUUAAAGCUAAUCCUCUUUGAGCUCUACUCCUUAUAUAUAAAUGACCCGGAAAAAAUACAAAUCAUGACCAUGAGACUUUCCUUAAAGAAUGAAAAUAACAACACCAGCUGUAAUGUUACCCUCUCCAUAAUACUGACGUUGAAAUAUAUUUACGACACUAUUGGGUAUAGGGAAUUACUCUUCGCCGUCACCGAUUUGUAUCAGCUAUUUUCAGAACUGAAUGACCAUCCUGAUGACGAAAUUGAAUUUGUCACCAAGGAGUGGUUCGCUUCGAUAAGUAAAUUCUCGGCUGACGGGUGA